GACGCGCCAAAAUACAUGACAGACGAAGAGAAGUACCGGGUUCAGGUGCCGUCCGCGAGCAUUCCACCUGGCGCUCGGGGUGGUCUCUCGCUGGGCGCGCCGAGGCUUGGACGAGGCCGUGGACGGGGCCGAGGUGGAGGAACAGUCGCGGGAGGGCCGGGCGGACCAUCGAGCAGGCCAUCUCAGCAGGAAGUCAUCGAUGGGGCCGUCAGGGCGACUGACGAUGAUGCACUUGGAUCCCGUCUGUCUGCUAUUGAAGCUGGAUACCUACCACCCGACCCAUUCUCUCGACUCUUUCUUUCUACGCACAAUCCCUUGCCGUCGGGCUCGCAGGCAUCCACUCCUCCACCAACGUUUCCAGUCAAGAGCUCCCGUGGCAGUUCAGAAGCUCGCGCUCCUGCUCCUCCUUCCCCUCCGCCGAGUUCACUUACCGUACAAGGUACGAGGGCAGGAGCAAAACGACCACCUAUCAUCAAUAUCGGCACGUAUCUCCGCUGCCGAUCUAUCGAUGACCUCGUAGAGCGUUUUCUCGCCGAUGACGCAGAAGCGGGCAAGAAGAAGCAGAUCAUCAGCCUAGGUGCCGGCAGCGACUCUCGCUUCUGGAAGCUUUCUUCACGACAAGAGAUCAGGGACAAGGUGGAGCACUAUAUGGAGAUUGACUUCGAGCAGGUCGCCAGGAAGAAGAUAGACCGAAUACGGAGGAGCGGCGACCUUUCCAAGGCACUGGGCGACGAGGACGUGCAGAUCGACGAACAAGGUACACGGCUUCUGGCACCUCACUAUUCUCUCCUCUCGCAGGACCUGCGGUCUCUCGCAUCGAUCGAAUCAGACCUCGAUGCCAUCAUUCCAGACACCGAGGCGCCAACACUCAUCUUGGCCGAAUGUGUGUUGGCCUACCUCGAUCCGCGUGAUUCCCGUGCGCUGCUCGACCUACUCAGAAAGAAGCUCAAAAGACCCGCGGCAAUCUGCUAUGAGAUGUGCAUUGCGGGGCCGUCCUCGACUUUGGACGGGGUGCCGGCCCCUUCGAGAUUCGGCAAUGUGAUGCUCAGCAACCUAGAGGCGAGAAGCCUCGUCAUGCCCGGCGCGCGAUCCUAUUCAACACCCACCUUGCACGCCAAACGCUUCCAAGACGCCUUUGGACCACUGACGGCUGAAGAAAAGAGGGGUGCACAUGCCAUGACGCUCAAACAAGUCUGGCUGGAGCUCGAUGGAGCCGACCGAGAUCGCAUCUCGAGACUCGAAGGGCUGGACGAGGUCGAAGAGCUCGAAAUUCUUCUCGACCACUAUGCCGUCAGCUGGUACGGCAUCGCUUAAGGGCGAUGAGGAAUGGGAGCUUUGACUGGUCACAAAAGUAGCAACGUUGUCGGGAGGAGAAAAAAUUUGGUGGCGGUGAAACAUCAAUAACAGAAGACGGUAGGAGAGAGGGUAGCGAACAAUGCUGUACAAGGGUGACGAAAAGAGUGGGAAUGAUGACUUAUAGGACUAAGUAGAUGUAAGGAAUGCAGAUAAGAAUGAAGAGCCAGAGAGGGUCUUUUUUU